GAGAUGAGAGGAGAUUCGCGGCUGUCUAAAUGUGGACGGUAUUCAAAACCCAUCGCCGGCAGGAAUUGCCACCGCAAACACGUUGAAGACGGGUGAAACCUGCAGUCGCAGUCGCAGACGGUAAUUUUGGUAAUUUUUUUGAUUUCUACAACUGCACAAGUGAUCUAACGUAGAGAUGGAGAUGGUGAAGGAUGGAUACAACGGCAUACUGCACGGGAAGUAUGAGCUUGGAAGGCAAUUAGGGCACGGAACGUUUGCGAAAGUUUAUCUCGCACGGAAUUUGCAUUCCGGCAAGAACGCAGCGAUGAAGGUGGUUGGGAAGGAGAAGGUGAUAAAGGCCGGGAUGAUGGAUCAAAUUAAACGAGAGAUUUCGGUGAUGAAGAUGGUACGUCACCCGAACAUCGUCGAGCUUUACGAGGUCAUGGCCAGUAAAUCCAAGAUUUAUUUCGCCAUGGAGCUCGUUAGGGGCGGUGAAUUGUUCUCGAAGAUUGAGAAAGGGAGGCUACGCGAGGACGUUGCGAGGGGUUAUUUUCAGCAGCUAAUUUCCGCUGUCGAUUUUUGUCACAGUCGAGGUGUAUAUCACCGAGAUCUGAAACCGGAAAAUCUACUCCUGGACGAGGAAGGGAAUUUGAAGGUGACUGAUUUCGGGCUCAGUGCGUUUUCCGAUCAUCUUCGGCAGGAUGGACUGUUACACACUACAUGCGGAACUCCAGCUUACGUCGCACCGGAAGUUAUCGGCAAAAAAGGAUACGUUGGAGCGAAGGCGGAUAUCUGGUCCUGUGGAGUCAUCCUCUACGUCCUUCUCGCCGGAUUCUUACCUUUUCAGGACGAUAACAUCGUCGCGAUGUACCGGAAGAUUUAUCGAGGAGAUUUUAGGUGUCCGCCAUGGUUCUCAUCGGACGCUCGCCGACUAAUCACGAAAUUGCUCGAUCCGAAUCCGGAUUGUCGAUACACAAUCUCCAAAAUAAUGGAAUCCUCCUGGUUCAAGAAGGCAGCCCCAAAGAACCCCCAAUUCAUAUUGGAAGACGACAACGUAAAUCUGAAAGGCAAGGAAACCGAAACUUUGAAUGCGUUUCACAUAAUUUCACUAUCGGAAGGUUUCGAUCUAUCGCCAUUGUUCGAGGAGAAGAAAAGAGAGGAAAAACAAGAGAUCAGAUUCGCGACGACGAAGCCGGCGGAGGUGGUGGUAUCGAAGCUAGAAGCGAUGGCUAAGGCGAUGAAGUUCAGUGUCAAGAAGAAUGGAGACGGGAGCAGUUUGAGGUUACAGGCACAUGAAAUGGGAAGGAAAGGGAAGUUAGAAAUAGCAGCAGAUAUCUGGGGGGUGGCGCCGUCGUUGUUGGUGGUGGUGGAGGUGAAGAAAUCAAGCGGCGACACCCUGGAGUACAACCAGUUCUGCCAUAAGGAGCUCCGACCGGCGCUUAAGGAUAUCGUCUGGACAUCGCCGGCCGAUCAAUCCCCUCCAGUGUAGUUACUUUUGUAUAUUAAAUUUGGAUUUUAUUGCUUUUUUUAAUGAUUUCCAAAUUAUUAGAGUAAAUUACGUUUUUGGUCCGUGUGGUUUACCAAAACUCCGUUUAUCGUCUUUCAACUUCACUAAAUACACUCGUGUCCUUGUGGUUUGCAUUUUGUUUUGGUUUGGAGAUCUGGUCGUUAGAUCCGUUAAACGUUGUUGUAAAAUGCC